AUGUUACAUCAUAGGACGGUCGGCGUAUUAGUGGUGAUGCUUGCAGCCCGUUUCCUGUUUUCCUUGUCAAUUAUGCUGACGAAACGAAUACAGGAAUGUGAAUCCCAAAACAAGCUUCUGCGCUCUCAGUGUGAAAACGCCGAAAAGAGACUAGAAUUCAUGCGCGAGGAAAAAAGUCGUGCCGAAGAGCUAAUGGAAGCACGAAUCGACCAUCAGGUUAAACAAAUUUCUGAACUGCGUAAUGCAAACGGCAAAUUACGAGGAGAUCUCGAAUUACAAAAACAAACGCAACUAAUGCUCAAAGAACAGCUAAAAACCGACACGAGUGGACUCACUUUGGUGCGUGAAAACUACGCAAAAAUGGAAAGUAAUUAUAAAAAUGCCAGUGACAGUUGUAAAAAAUUGAUGGACGAACUGAUGGAAACGAAAGGCGAAGUCGCAAAAUAUAAAACUGAUGUGGAAUCGCUGACGAGGCAGAUACGAUUGCAAAGGAUUGAUGAAAAAAAGAUACAGGGUCUUGAGGAGCAGUUGACUGCUGCUAAAAAUGAGAAUGAAUCUUUGAAGAAAUUUGUUGGCGAUAUAACCGAACAGCAUCGUUCCUUUAGUUUGGAUUUGAAGAUGAUGCUGAACAAAGUACAGACGGAGCGCGACCAGGCACUGGCAAGUAGAAAAUCAGUCGAGGACCAGUUAAGCUUGAAGGAAAGAGAAGUGAGUGGUUUGCAGGCGAGAUAUGACGACCUGAUGAAUCAAAUGAAGUCCUUAGACUCGGCUUCUGAUGAUGCUGGACAUCGGGAAGAGAUGCAUCAACUCCGGAGUCGUAUCAGCUAUUUGGAAAAUCGGUUAACCGUUGUGUCGAGGGAUCUUGAAGCGAGCAAUAAGCAGUUGGCCAUACGUGAAUGUGAAAUUGCCGAAGUCAGUAAACUAAGUAGCAGUAUGGAGACAACGAUUCUAGAACAAGGAGCUGUAAGUUUGACAUUUGCAUGUCAAUUCGCGUAA